CCACAGCACCGGGGCAGCCUCCCAGAGCCUCCCAGCUGCGGGGUCCUGCCCCUCGGGUGCUCUUAGCGGCGUUACCGGGCUCUGAAGCCCCCUUGUGCUCGUUUGCUGUGGUGGUAGCUUUGCUCAUUUUGCUCUAAAUGCCUCCUGUGGCUGCCCGGCGCAGCAGGAGGCGGCGUGUUUCUGCUGGCCGGGGCGUGUUGUGGCUGUCGUUUUGCAGAAAUUCCCCAGUUUUGGGGCACUGGGAUGCUUUGUGGAGGUUCCUCUUGGACUUUUCAGCUGUGCAGUGAAACUGCAGCGUGCUGGUGCUCUGCUUCUCGCAGCACCAUGAGCUCAGGUAGCCCAGUGGCAAGAGCACGGCUGUAGUUUAAUUAAAGACUCGUCUGGGCCACGUACUAGAAAUUAAUGAAAGGAAUCGUGUGUUAGCCUUGUUUCCAGUCUCCAUCAAGGAAAAAAAAACAAAAGUGUAAGUCCACGUGCAAUGUUGUUAGCCGAAUGAGAAGUUGUGCUGCUAUCAUCCAGUGAAAGUCUAUCUCGGCCACACCAUUAGGAAGUUAGUAUUGAAGUUAAAAGCAUGUGGCAGGAAACGUGUUAGAGAUACCAGCUAAAAUAAGUCUUCUAAGGGUACGUUCAUACUGCAGAGGGAUUCUGCUGUGAAGUUGGCUGAGGUUGGGGCUUGGUAGUAGGGCACCCCUGCUGUAGUUUUCGGGUUUGGGUGGUGAUAGAUGUCAGCCCACCUCUCACAGGGAGGCCAGCACAGUUUCUUGUCCUUUGCUUGAAGGAGGUCCCGAUCAGAGUGGUGUCACUGGUGUUUUGAGAAGGCAGGGUACUUAAUUUUGUAGGCUUAAGGGUGCUGGGCAGUCAUCAGUUAAACAGCUCUAAAGUGGGACAGCCCAAAACAUCUGUCUAUUAGUAGUGCACAUGAGCUGUGUUGGGCCUUUAUUCAAUUCAGGGCAUGUGUGUGCUGUUUUGAGGAUGGAGAGAGUCUGUCAUCUCUGAUGCCAUUACCUUUGGUAGGGCAUUAGGUGCAGCUGUAACAUAAAUCAUAUUUAGGCUUGGAAACAGAGUGUUCCUGUGGACCAUCAGGGCAUGUGCUGGAUUUCUUAAAAGGAGAGCAAAUUUACAGGCUGGAGAGGAUGAUAGGUGGAAAUGAAUCCUGUACUGCAGGACCAAUAUCGCUGUCCUACUUAACCUGUGUGGCUCACUUACUGGGAGAAUGGACUGGUGUGGAGCAUCUUGAAGAUUAUCUGGGUUAUACAGUCUACCUUUUAUGGUUGCUUCUUCCACUUGCAAUAGCUUUUAUAUUUCCAGGAAUUUUCUUCUUCGUCUUUAUCUACAGUGCUGUUAUCAUUCUUUAUAUUCAUAAAAGGAAAUUAAAUGGAGAAAAAUCAGGUAACGUUUGGGAUGGUGCAAGAAAACUGUUGACUACCUUAUGGGAUGGACACGCAAGGAUAUGGCAUGGUUACGAGGUUCAUGGUGUUGAAAAAAUUCCAGAAGGACCUGCACUUUUUGUGUUUUAUCAUGGAGCUUGUCCUGCUGAUAUUAUCUAUUUCAUAUCUAGACUUCUUUUAGAAAAGAAGAGAUUCUGCUACGUAGUAGCUGAUCAUUUUGUCUCCAGAAUACCAGGUUUUAAACUAAUUAUUGAAGCAUUUGAAAUUUUGCACGGACCAAAAGAAGCAUGUGUCAAUACGCUGAAGAAAGGCUGUCUGUUAGGUAUUUCUCCAGGUGGAGUUCGGGAAGCACUUUUUAGUGAUGAAACAUACGUUAUUAUUUGGGGUAAUCGAAAGGGCUUUGCUCAGGUUGCCAUUGAUGCAAAAGUGCCCAUCAUUCCUGUGUUUACACAAAAUGUUCGAGAAGGCAUUAGGACAUUAGGAAAAAUAAAAAUACUUAGGAAACUAUAUGAACGUAUUAGAUUGCCAGUAGUUCCUAUGUACGGUGGGUUUCCAGUCAAGCUUCGUACAUUUGUUGGAGAACCCAUUCCAUAUGAUCCAAACAUAACUGCUGAGGAACUGACUGCUAAGACAAAAGCAGCACUCCAGGCCCUAAUAGAAAAACAUCAGAAGAUACCAGGAAGUAUAUGUAGGGCUUUAAUGGAACGAUUUCAAACGCGACAGAAAGAAGACUAAGGUCUUCUGAAUUUGAAAAUAUGGGCGAAGUGGAGUGACACAUAAAAGUCAAAGAAACUGCAAGUCAGCACAAUGGAUCCUGGGAAGAAACCGGAGGCAAAAGGUGACACUACUCUAACCAGUCAGAGAAGUUGUUCUGGAGAUUAAGUUUCCUCCCUUUAUCAGGACAUUGGUAGGACACACCUGAGGACAUGAGACCUCUGAUGAAGUACCACACAGGUACAACGUAACCUCUCCCACUGCUGCACUGGCACAGCCUGCUGGAAUCUGAAUCAUCAUGAGAAGGUGACAGUGUCUGAAACAUAGACACUACAGAUGGCAAGCACAGCCCCAAGCAAAAGCACAUCCCCAAAGAAAAGCACACACACACAAAAAAAAACAAAUACCGGAGACAAACAGGCCUUUAAAAUAAAUGAAUGAAGAAACAAACAAAAAAGAGAAAGCCUUAAAGGGAGACCCUUGGAAGAGUUACAAAGAUCUCUAGGAAGAAACAAUGCAAUAAGGACGGGGUGAAUUGCAUAAUGCUGCCUGAUCCAUCUAGAGGGAGCCUCCAGAUGUUCCCUGUAACUCUCACGGAGAUGCAAGUUGUCUCAUCAAGAAAAUGCAGCUGGUGGAUGCAGGAGUCAAAGCUUAUUUUUCCAAAAGCAUCCUCUAAUGCCUACUGUACAUUGAGACGCUUUGAAUAUUCAGUCUGAAAAACAAUGCCCACAUUUUUCAGAGCUGCUGAGCAUCUCUGGAUCCCACCUGAGAGGACCAGAUCUGCAGGCCCUGACCACCCUCCAAAACGCCAGGGUAAGCUCCAGCUAAACCAUGUUUCCUGCAGACAGACAUCAUUGCCCAGUGACUUUUUUGUUGCUGAUUCCACGUGGAAACAAACAUCCCUGCAGAGCACUGUGCAAGACGAGAGACUCAGUAAUGGACUAAGCUGGAGACAAACAGAGACUACCUGCAGUAAAGACAGAUGCUUCUGGCACCAAGCCAGUGCUCAGACAACUUUCCCCUUUUUAUUGACUUCUGCUUCCAACAAUGGAGUUGAUCACAUUCCAAAUUGGGACUCCUGUGAACUUUACAGACACAGGAAAUUUAAGGUCAAUACAAGAUUAACUUGCUUAAAACUAUGAGAUAGUUUGGAGAUGAACUGCAGGAGCCAUAAUAAUCCAUUAGCUCAAUUUCAAUUUAUUUAUAAAGCUAAAGUACUUAGGCUUAUCCCUCUAUACUUUGGGACAUUAUCAUUGAUCUUUCCCUCUCUAAGCUGGUCUACUUGGUUAAUAAUGCCAGUUCUGUGAGUGCCUGUGGCAGUCACACAGCAGUGGGAAACACUUCCCAUGCUUAUUGAUGUGCUCAUGGCAGUAUAGUUUAUGCUCACAGCACUUAACAGGAACCCAGCUGAAAAUGAAUGGCUUGGUUCCUGGAAGACCCACUAAGUACAAGCAUCCAUUUGUCUUUAGUUUUGUGUGUAGCCUGUGAAUGAGAAAUCUUGCUAUCUUGGAAAAGCCUACCGCUUAGAAACAAACAUGAAGUCUACAAUAUGCAUGGUCCAGUGUGCAAGAUGAACACAAUGGCACACAGGUAAAAAGAUGCCUGUCUGGUCUGUCUGGCUCUACAUGCUCUGGAGCUAUGUUUUUGUCAGUAAAUUCUGACAGUAAAUUCAGUAAAUUUUGUCAGUAAAUGAGUUCUCUUCCCCCUUUCACAGUGACAAGAAGCACUGGUGAGCACAAGAGAAUAACUUCAAUGUAAACUAGUUUAAAUAGGUAUUAUUGUGUGAACAACCUACUUAAGAGUGUAGUCUAUGUUACAGCUCACUUGCCCCAGAACAUGACAGACAGCAGGUUUCCAACUCAUCUUUAUGUCAAAUUCACUUGUGGUUCUGUGCUUGACUCUGGGUCUGAAGUACUCCCGCAGCAAGAAUACUAUACAGUAUAAGUAUUUUCCUGCCUCAAGUACAUAGCACAGAAUUCACUGAAUAAAUGCGUCUUGUCCCUGUGAAGUACACAGGAGAAGAACUGUCCAUCUCUGGUUGGUUUCCAAGAUUCCCAUUGUGGUGGUAGGAAGGCACUGCUCCUUCCCAUACACAUAGGUCUCUGGGUACUUUAUGAGCAGUUAAUACUGCUCAUAUGAGCUAAGUAAGUAGGAGAAAAAAACAUUCUUUGAUAAUUUUGCCAAGUCACCUGGGAUUUUUAUUACCAAGUCCCUAUAUUUUUGUUUGUUUGUUUGUUUGUUUUCAGAAUGUUUUUCUACAGGAACCAUAGCCAUUUCUCUCUUUUAAGGCAGGAAAGGUGGCAACUGUUCUGAAUAAGCACGAUUCAAGCAACUUGCAAAAUUUUCUCCAUUUCUUUCCUCUGUUAAGAAUCUAUUUAAAAUGUCUGCUAUCUUUGCUUAGCUCAGAAAGAAUUUGCUUUGCUUCUCUCAUGUGGAAAGUUUACAUUUAAAACAUUCUGGAGGAGACUUUUGCCUGAGAGGUUAAUAGUUUGCCUAGAAACAUGUCAAGUAAAUCCCUUUUACCCCAAGGUAACUAGUCUCACACUAUGGCAGCUACCCACCCACUUAAUGCUUUUUCACCUCAUGAAUUAUAUACCCAUGGGGUGUCAUCAAAUGACUUUACAGUGCUCAAGACUGGUUCUGAUGUCUUCUGCCCCCUAGUUCACAUGAGUAGUUAAGAAAAAUUUUUAUGAGCAUCUUUCUUUCUGGAUUCUACUGGUUUCUUUGGUGGGCAGUUGCAGAAUUACUGGGACAGGGGAUCUUGUGACAGUAGGACAGUUACCAUUUGUGUUGCUGGGCUGUUGCUUCCCCAUUGCACUUUGCCAAGCUACAAUAACAAUCUGCUCCCUCCUUAGCCAAAGUACAAGAUAUAUAUGAAAAACAAAACCUUGAAGAAUCCAUCAGUCACUUGUAAUCCACCAUGUGCUAUCAAAUUCAGUUACUCAACAUAUAUAUAUAUGUUUCCUCUCUUUGAACUCACGCUAAUUAUUAGUUGCUGCUUGUUGGGUUGUUUUCCCCUGGUCUCCCUUUCUUGGUCACCUAAGAGAGGGCAAGAAGAAACACCUAAGGAGUGGGAGCAUGGCUAAGGGGCAGAAAGGCUGAGAGAUUUGGGUGCUGUCCUUUGUUGCACAAAUUCCAGGUGCUGCCUGGGGUGACAUUGCACACACGAAUGUGGCAAUGAAGUCCAAGAGGACUGUUAAGACCAUCGGUGGUGCAGGCAAAGUCAGAACAACUUGUGUAAUAAUCUAAUAAUUAGAGCACUUAUGCAGGAGGCAGUAGAAGAAAUUAAACCCUCCUCAACCCUAGGGGGUUUGAACACAGGAAGAUCAAGGAAGCUGCUUCUUCUCUGGUGUUUUUCUAAUUACCAUGCUAAGGACAAGGCUGGGUGAGGCCCACCUUUCCCUCACUCACCACCCUAUGGGGAUCACUGCGUAGUAAAUAGUAAUCCUUUCAGGAGUCUGAAAGGCGAAUAAAAGCAGCAGAGCACCACCUCCUGUUCUCUGUGAGCAGUGGCCUUCUCAAGUAAUGGAGGGGUUUCUGUCCUGGGUUUCUGCACUGUUCACUCUUUUUAUAUUCAGUGUGGUUGAAAUGCUACAAGAGCCCUGACAGCAGAGUCCAGAAGUCUCCCCCUUGCCUAGGGAGCACCCCCAGUGCCCAGCAGCAGGGUCAGGAUCCUCUUGCUUCUCUCUUCAUGGUGCUGUGGACCCCCAGGAAUCAGCCAGGUGUCUGGCCCCAUGCUGUAGAGCACUUAGACCCUGAGGGGCCAAGGAGCAGGCCUGCUCCCUGGGCAAGGGCAGCUUUUUGGGAGGUCUUUAUUUGAAACACCAUUCAGGGCCCUGACCGCAGUGGCCGGAGCACCCCGCUCUGGGUGAGGUGGCCAUUGGUUUGUCUGGUGGUUUCCUCAAGCUCCCUGCUGUGACAACACCAGUAAGACUGUCUAAGUCCUAUGGGGAACUGUCAAGUCUUCUGCAGGUCCCAGGGGUAGCCUGGAAGCUGCUCGAACCACUCCUGUGCUUAGGGAUGGUGCUCCUGUGAUGGUAUUGCUCGUAUCAUAGAAUGAUUAAUGGAGGGAAGAGUCUCUGGAGAUCAUCUGGCCCAACCCCCAGUCAAAGCAGGGCCAGCUUUGGUCUUGUCUGAUAAUGUCAGAAGCUCAAAAGAUGGCAUCAUUCACUGACCCACCAUAGUAGAAGAGUUUUAAGAAAGACUCUAGAGCCAUGGUAAAAUGACCACAGUGUACUUUAUUUAAUGAUUUUGGUACCUUGUGUUGCAAUAAAAUAAAAAAAAUCUACAAAAUCCAAAUAUAUAAAAUUUUCAAGUUUUCCUUUUAAGUUUUACAAGAAAAAUCAAGUUGUAACCAAGGAAAUUUGUUAGUAUGAAGCACUACUUUCAACUUCAUUUCAUCACAAAUUGCAACUUACUUAACAGACCAAAAGAACUAUGGUACUGCAGUACAUCAAAUACUUCACACACUGUGUUCUUUACUAUAGCACAUGUAACCUCUGCCAGGGAGACAGUGGUCUCUAGCCAAUAAAGACACUCUUCACAAUCUGAACUCUAAAGGAAUGUUUGUAUACAUGGAAUCAGAAUAUAUAUAUUUACAGGAAGAUUUUUUUUAAUAACUAUUUUGAUUCUUCAUUUCAAAUAAAAUACCAAAUACAUUUUUACAAUGUUUACAAGUCAAAGCACAAGUUCAGCAAUGAUUAUCAUUCACCUCAAGUCACUGUGCUUGUACUGGGGGGAUAUCUACACUGCUCCAUAAACACAAAUGUGAUCUUCCAUAACUUCAUUUCCGCAACGGUGACUAAGGAGUAUAAGCACAGUAACAAUUAUUUUAGCACAAUCAGUGUAUAAUGCAACAGUUUACAACAGAGAACUGAGAAACUAUUGGUCCAUUCUGUUCAAUUUGCUGUUUAUCUGCCAACUGUUACGUUAGUUGUUGUCACAUAAAUUGUGUACAAGAUAAGAGUUAAAUAACACAACUUGAAUAGGAAAGAGCACACAUUUUUUAAGGCAAAUUAAUAAGCAGCUUAUGGUGUUUUUCAUUAAACUAUACCCCAACAGAACCUAAAAAUAAAAUGUAUGUUCUGCAACUGUCAAUAAUUAUGUCUUGUUAAGUUGUUCUCCUCUAUAAAUUGAUCAACAUGGCUUUAAACCUGGUUAUUCAAAAUGGAAAGAACUCCUCCCCCCCAAAUCCCCAAAUAUAGAAAGUGCAUGACUUUUUAUGUGCCAAAACAAAACAAAAGGCAGCUGAGGUAGUUAGAUGUAAAAUGUAUUUACGAAAAAUAACUGAAAACUUAAAUCCAGGACAUAUACAGUAAAAAUCCACCCAUUUGGAAUUAAUUUUAUAUCAUGCAACAACUUAAAGCCAAGCAGGAGUCUUUAUGAUUUCUGAACAAAACAAGGAAAUGAUUUUAGUAAUAAUAACAUAGGAAUGAACACGGAAUAUACUACUGGAAUUUGAAUUUCAAGUAUUUGAGUCUAUUUGCAUGUGCAUUUUUUUUUUUUACAGGCUUUUUGUAUUGUUAGGAAGUCAUUUACUUUUUAUCACGCAUCACAUAAGAUCUGGUCUACCUCUGGGACUGCAGCUCCUGAAAGGCAGAAAUACAUCACGAAUGCCUGAAGAUGCAUCACUGCCUGUGCCCAAAGACAACACCAUCUCAGCUUGAGUGACCUUCUAUGCACUCAUCCUCCACUGAGGCCACCUGAGAGUCCAGAGAGGCCCAGGGGUCCCAUGCCUACGUCUUGUGGGACUGAUAGGAGAGACGUUCUGGAGGCAUGCCUGGGAUGUUCCCACAUGUCUGAAUCCUCAGGGGACGUACACAGGUGAUAGGGAUCCCCUCUGCCAAUGUUCCAGCACAUUCUGUGUAAAACCCAGCCCAAGCAGGUGGCAAGGCAGAGCAAUGGGGCCACCCAGUUGCACUGUCCAAUGCACUACGCUCCCCAAAGAGAAGAUCAGCCUGCACCUUGGACCACAGAGUAUCUCCCGUUGGACCUCCCCACACUCACCCAGCACUACUGCCUAUCAGGAGGCAUGGUGACCUUUUCUUAUCUGGCAAGAGGGCUGGUGACCUCCCUCCUGCAGACAGGAGACUCUCUGAGGAAGUGUUGGCUUGAAUCUACCCAGGAUGAGCAGGGAUUUGGACCUGCACCUUGGUCCUGAAGCUCUGGCCAACAGCACAGAGACAGCCCUGGCUUUCCCUUCCAACUCCUGCCUGACCACACGAGUGAGGCAGCUUUCUCUACCUAAGUGCAGAGCUUGUCUACAAGCACAAGAGGAGACUGCAGGCUCUGGAAAUGAAUUUCACAAAUAAGCCUAUUUCUAGGACACGGGCCAAAUUGGAGAUGUGUUCUUCUUGUCAGUAGUGACCACGUAAUUAAUUCUUCCCCUUAUCAAAUGUGCAUUAUGCUGGCUUUCCUGCAGCCUGCUGUUGGAUCCCACUGCUGUUCCCUGCAACAACAUUGGCACAUGCAGUUUGGAAUCAUGAAUUCUGCUCUUGGCACCUGACUUUAAGAAAAUCACAGAAGGGAGCAUCACAAACUUAAAUUAUUUAUUUAUGUAUUUUUAAAUUUUUGUGAUAGGCCUGUGAAAACAUAGGGUUUGUACUUCUGAAAUGUGUAUCUUUCUUUUUUUUUUUUUAUAACUUAUGAAAGAGAGAAAUGUAUCCACACCUUCUUUAAUGUUUGUGUUCUAUUAAAAAAUGAAAUCCUGAA